UUACUGAGUUUCGGUUCCAUGUCGAGUCAAUCCAAACGGCUCGCGACGAGCUUCUCGCGAUGUACCUCAGCUCGCCUCGUGCACAAUAGCACGAGCUCGUCGAUACAAAGAUACACAGCUCUCUACCACCCUUCAAGGCGGCGUAGCCAGUCAUCAUGGGCUGCUGCUGUCUCCGCCGCACAGACGAUCUUCAAUGCACCUGCACCCGAUCCAAAUGCUCCCAUAUCGGUCGAUCCUUUCCGGACAGUAGCGAAAGAGAUGAAGUUUUUGACCAAGAAUAUAAGACAGUUACUUGGCUCAGGGCACCCGACGCUGGACACGGUCUCAAAAUACUAUACGCAAAGUGAAGGGAAAUACGUGCGGCCAAUGCUGGUUCUUCUGAUGAGCAGAGCCACAGCACUUACCCCAAAGACGGCCAGAGAUAUUAGCCCUUUCAGCAUCAAUGCUCCACUCACAGACCCCAACGUACUCGUAGAUGACAACCCAUCUGCUCCCGAUGCCGCUGCAUAUCCUCGUGCUUCCUCACUGGCCCAAGACAGUGCAUACCGAAGCGAAGAUUCCGACAUCCUUCCAACGCAACGCCGAUUAGCUGAAAUUACGGAAUUGAUCCAUACCGCAUCUCUUCUUCAUGAUGAUGUGAUAGAUCACUCUGUAGCGCGCCGCUCUUCACCCUCUGCUAAUAUCGAAUUCGGCAACAAGAUGGCAGUGUUGGCUGGAGAUUUCUUACUGGGCCGCGCAUCCGUCGCGCUCGCUCGGUUGCGAGAUCCGGAGGUUACGGAACUGCUCGCGACAGUCAUUGCCAAUCUAGUGGAGGGUGAAUUCAUGCAACUCAAAAAUACCGCAUCGGAUGAGCGUAAUCCUGUCUGGACAGAAAAUACUUUGACAUACUAUUUACAAAAGACGUAUCUCAAAUCUGCUUCGCUGAUCUCGAAAUCUUGCAGAGCUGCCGCGAUACUGGGAGGAAGUAGUCCUGAGGUAGUGGAAGCGUCAUAUCAAUACGGGAAAAACUUAGGUCUUGCGUUUCAGCUCGUGGACGACAUGCUGGAUUACACAAUAAGCGGGGAGGAGCUUGGAAAACCCGCAGGUGCUGAUCUGGAACUGGGUCUUGCAACUGCGCCAUUGCUUUUUGCGUGGAAAGAGAACAAGGCUUUAGGAAAGUUGGUGGGGAGGAAAUUCGCUGAGGAAGGUGAUGUUCAAAAGGCUCGCGAGAUCGUUUCAUCAAGCACAGGUCUCGAGCAAACACGCGCUCUCGCCCAGGAAUACGUUGAUAAGGCUAUUCAAUCAAUAGCCUUCUUCCCCGAUAGCGACGCGAAAGAUGGUCUCAUUGAAAUGUGUACGAAAGUCAUGAAGCGCAGAAAAUAG